AUGAAGCUCACGCACCUUUUCUGGCAUUUCCUGGCGACCUCCAUCGCCGAGGCGUAUCUCGUCUCCCCUGCGGGCACCGCCGCUCCAGGGACAACUGAGGAUUGCACGCAAUGGGUCGAGUAUUCUACUGGACUAACCUGCGCGCUGUUGGAGACGUACUUUGGGAUGACGGAGGCUGAAUUCGAGGCAUGGGUAACGUGGACAUACAUCUACCCUAGCAAUCCCAUCGUCACUGAACUCGGCGAUGGCUGCGAGCUGUUACCAGGGUUAUACUACUGCGUACAAGUCAACUUCACCACCAUAUCUGUGAGCUCGGUGAAUCCGAUCACCAUAACCACCAGCACGACUUCUUCCACAACAGUCGUGUCGGCGAUGACGACAACCACCACAACAACCGGAUCACCAAUCGCGACCCCAACGCCAAUCGAGCCUGGCAUGGUAGAAGGCUGCACAGGCUUUCACCUUGUUGUUAGCGGGGAUACGUGCGCCGACAUCGCGGCAGAUGCAGGAAUCUCUCUGACAGACUUUGUAAGCUGGAAUCCGGAUGUGGGCUCCGACUGCUCAGGCCUCUGGUUGGGCUACUAUGUCUGUAUCGCGGCAGAUUCAGACUCAUCCUCGUCAUCACCUACAUCUUCCACUGCAACUACUCCCACAAUGACCACCGCGACCACGACGUCGACAUCGACCGGGAAUGGAGUGACAACCCCAACUCCCUACGAGUCUGGCAUCACAGAUGACUGCGAUGAAUUUCACCUAGUAGUCAGCGGCGAUACUUGUGCAGACAUUGUGUCCGACGCGGGGAUUACGCUUGAUGAUUUCUAUUCCUGGAAUCCGACGGUUGGGACCGAUUGUUCGGGCUUGUGGUUGGGGUACUAUGUUUGCGUCGGUAUUUUGUGA